GCACCACCACGACGCCACACGCUACUAUUCCUGUCGGAGAAAACUAUCGCCGGACGGUGAGUCUACUUUAUGGCCGCCGGAACCAACGCCAAUGUACCCAAUCCUCACGUUAUCGGCUCUACUGUCGUUGAGCUUUCCAGAAAUGGCCGCACCUUGGCGCCGUCACAGCUGGUUCGUAUUUCUUGUAAGCACAGCAGCAACAACGGACUUUCGAUUCGAAGUGACCAAGACCGCCGACCUGCAUCUAGGCUCUUAGUUGAGGGACCUUCUUGCAUAUUCGUCGGUCCGAUCGAAAGCGCCAGCCAGGAAACUUUAGAAGCUCUCUAUCGUCAGGCACGGGAUGCGUACUAUAGUGGGAAACCAUUGAUAGUUGACGACAUGUUUGAUAGGGUAGAGUUAAAGUUGCGGUGGUAUGGAUCAAAAUAUGUCGUCAAGUAUCCACGUUGCAGUUUAAGGCAGCAGUCAACUUAUGCUGAUGCUGAGGAAGAUCCUGCUCAGGUUUUUGCAUUAGCAAGUGUGUGGCUAUUGUUUCUUGGAUUUGGAAGUUCAGCCUGUCUUGUGCCUGUUAUUUACACUUUUGGCCAAGCCUUUAAAGAUGCGCUAGAUUCAGGAUUAUCCAUCAGUAGUCAAGCUCCUGUGCUCGAGUUCAUUGCCAUGUUCAACGGCAUGCUUAUAAUGAUGCUGGGAUCCAUGAUUGGCUAUCCAGUUGCCUCAGCUUCUGUUGGAGCGCUUCAAGGCCUUUGGAAAAAUGAUUUGGUAGCGCUAAAAGGGGCAUGUCCAAAUUGUGGGGAGGAGGUAUUUGCAUUUGUGAAAUCGAAUCAGUUCAAUAAUUCCACACAUAGAGCUGAAUGUCAUGUAUGUGAAUGCUUAUUAGAAUUCCGCACCAAAGUCGAGAGAUCAAUUGCAAGACCAGAGAAACGGUGGGUUUAUGGUCGAAUAUAUUUGAUCAGAAGACGACGAAGGAACAGAGGGGAAAGAUGGACGUGAGAUGAAUGAUUUAAUUGCAUGAUUCUUUGAUGAUCUGAAAGAAAGAAAGCAAGUAAUUUAUUAUAGGAGUGGCCACACACACCCCCACAUGAAUUUGUAAAAUGCAUCAUGGCUAUGAACUAGAUUCUACGGUAAAUAUAAACUGCAGGACUUGGUUGAAAAAAAUUGUGGUCUUUCACAUAUUUGAUUGUGAAAAUUAGUUGGGUGUUAUUAGGAUGUAUUCCGAGCUGUUGGUAAACAAUCCCUUUAGCUUAUGAUUCAAGUUGAAUAAGCCAUACAGAUCGUUAUACUCGUUUAAAUUGAUACCAAACAACUGUACAGUUCGGUUGCCAUGUGACAACCCCUUCACUUAAAACUUAGGGGCCCUAAUAACUUUGGUUUGUACAUGAUGAAAAAUUAUUGUUCAAUAUGCAUCUGAAUGAUGAUUUGCU